AUGUGCGUGGGUGAGCUUGCUGUUCAGACAGGGGCCGUGUUCGAAGAGAGUGGAACCAUGAUGAUUGACUGCCCGUGUUGCCGCCAGCAGUCUCAUGUGUCGCGAGCCUGGCAUUAUCCCAGCUUUCCCGCUGACACUGCCGCUUCCGCGUCUGCAGAGCAAGGUUCAGGCGAGGAGCCACAAGGUCAGGUGCUGCAGGCAGAAGGUUCAGGCAGCCCAGCACAAGGUCAGGCGCCCCAGGCAGUAGGAUCAGGCAGCCAAGCACAAGGUCAGGUGUCCCAGGCAGAAGGUUCAGAAGGCCAAGGUCAAGGCCACGUCACCCCUGACAACAGCCCGCAGAAUGAGGGAUUCCACACGCCAGAGGCCGCAUUCCCGUGGUGGCCCGUGACAUCGCAUGAGCUGUCAUCCUCACAAGCCUCAUCCCAAGCCUAUCACUCCAGUGCGCGCCUGUCAGACGGCAGAACCGGGCUGUUAGUGGAUCCGGGGUCUUACGGAAAUUUGGUAGGAGAGGAAUGGCUAGCGUCAGCAGCAGCACAAAUGCAAAAGGUUCCUCGCAUCACUUCACGUGAGGCCCCACUCCAGGUCGGAGGUGUAGGCAAGGGCGCGCAACAGUGUCGGGUGGACUGUCAGUUACUUAUCAUGCUCACCCGCCAUGACGGCACCACAGCAGCUGGCUCUUUCACUUCGCCAGUUGUCAGCCAGUCAGGGUGUCCAGCUUUGCUUGGUCUUCGUUCCCUCCAGGAGAAUCGUGCAAUCUUGGACUGCCACAAGCGCCUGCUUCAUUUCCCCGCUGAAGGCGAGAUCACCAUGGUCAUGCCGCCAGGGUCAGAGACGUAUCAGCUCGAAGCAGCUGAAAGCGGCCAUCUGUUACUUCCCUGCGACGCCUUCAGCAAGUCCUCGCAUCAGCAGCCAUUGGGCGAGCACCAUCUGUUCACGAACGAUGAGCCAAAGCCAGGAGCAGAUACAGCCGUAUUGCCUUGCAUGUUGUCUGCCUUGCCGGCCCAAAGUGUGAGCGAUCAGGAGUCCUUGUGCGCAGCAGUUGCAGCCGAGUACGCGCAUGAAGCCUGUGCAGCCUUACUGCUGCGUUUCUCCAAGGAAUGGGUGCAAGCUGGAGCAACCGCCCGAGAGCGGUUUCAUGACCAUGAGGGCAUGAGCAAGUGUUUUGGCAUGUACACCCAUGGGGGAAUAGUUGCCAUCAGCUCUGGCACUAAGCAGCGGCCUGAGCUCUCAAAGCUCCUGUGCAAGGCCAUUCAAACAUCCACCGAUGCAGCAUUCACGUCCAUUAUGCUUUGCAUCAACACCCCAGCUCCAGUGCACAGGGACGCCUACAACCAAGCAAGCAACGUGUUGUUGCCCAUGGUCCUGCCAAAGCGAGGAGGGAACCUCUGGAUCGAAUUGCGUAAGGGUGACGUGAUUGAGGGCGAGAUAGAGACGCGGCCCGUGAACACAAAACAAUGCCCUGGCCAGAUUAUUCCUCUCAGUGUGGGAUCCGCAGUUGGCUUCGACCCAAAGCGGUAUCACGCAACACAGCCGUGGGCCUGCGGUGACAGGAUUGUCUUGGCCGCCUAUGUCACCGGAAGCUCUUGGAAAGCUUCAGCUGAGGCUGUGUCUGAACUACAAGGUUUAGGUUUCCGCGUGCCCUCUCCAGGGAAUUCUGUGCAGGCACAUAUCGCAGGUGCAGCGCCUGAGGACAGUCAGGUCAGCCCAGCCUCUGAGCACGCAGCAGCCCAAGCGCAACAGUUAGCCGAUCAGGCAAUGCAGGUCACAGGUGAGCCCAGGUCACAGGUGCAGCCUAGCCCAUCAAGGUCAAGGUCAGGCCCAGGGGUGCAGGUGCCAGAUCCGAAAGCCUAUGCAGCGCCACGGACAAGUGGUCUCAGCAUCAUUGGUCGCAUCCUUUUAAUUUCCAUUUUUCAAUCAACUUACUUUGCCUUUCAGGAAUGUGGCCUUGAGCCGACCAGGCUGCGCCCCAACGAGCUUCUCCGAGCUGGGUUCGAUGAGGUGAUAGGCCAAAUUAAGAACUCAUCUUAUGCUGCCGUGUGGGUAGACUUAGAUGAUCAACGUAAGUGCCCGAAGCGGUCACAGAUUUUCUCUCGCCUUGGUGUUGUGGCCGGUUGGGCCCAACGUCAGUCCAUUCCUUUUGUGAUGGCCUCCAGUCGCAAUGCCGUGUGGAGCCAACCUGAAGUGCAGGAGCUCGUGUAUCGUUACAAGCUUCGUGAAAGCCGCCAUCGCUGGUGCAGGUUCGGGGUGAAGGUGUCAUCUGAGGUGCAGGCCUCAGCAGCGAGUCACAAGGUGAUGAGCUCUGUCCCUAUGCCUUCACAUGCCUGUCAACCCGGCACCGCAAAACUCCGAGCAGAUGCUGAGCGAUGUGUCGCUAAGCAUAUCAUUACCGCCCUGAUGUCAGCCUCAACGGUUGAUGCUGUGUCAGGGCCUUCAUCGACAACCGACUCGAUGACAAUCACAUCUUCAGCGCAAAGCGCCUCCAGUGCUCAACAACUACCGAGCACACCGUUUCGGCCAGCAAGCUCAGCCGAGCAGCAGGCCCCCGUUAACGAUGAUCAAUGUGUACAGGAGCCUCUCCAUCCAGAUGAGGCCGAUGCAUGUUUUCCAACGGAUCAAAAGUUGCAGCAGCGUGAGCGAGCAAAGGCGAGGCAAGCACAAGGUUUGGAGCCCCAACCAUCGCAGAAACGCAAGAAGGUGGUUGAGCAGCACUUUGACGAUUGCGGUGAGGACCUGAGCAGCCUCACCGGCACCACCUCAAGUAACCUGCUUGUGGAGUCUCUCCUAACAUCUGACGAUGAGCCUAUGUCUGAGAGUGACUUCAGUGCCUCAGCCGUCGCCAACGCCUAUGCACAGUGGGCCCUUCCUAGCAUGCUUGCUGAGGGCCAGCCAAGGCUGCACAAGAAUUCAAUGUUAGCCGUUGAUAUUGAGGAGAUGUUUGCAAUUUUGAAUGAACCUGGCCAUAGAGGAUAUGGAGUCGAAAUCGUGGAAAUCUGUGGCGGCAACGCCCUCACUUCCUACUUGUGUGUGCGCCGCAAGCUGCACAGCGGUCACUGCUUUGAGCUUAUCACCGGCACCGACCUAACUGAUCCCGAGGUCGAGAGCAAGGCAAUUCUGCAGCAGUUCAGUGGCCUACGGUGCAACGGAUCACAUGAGCACGCCAGCUUGUUGGGUGGCAAUGCCCAUGCAGCCAGGAUAUGGCCUCACAUGAUGUGCUCGCGUCUGGCUCGUGGCAUCGAGCUGCAAGCCAAACUCUUCCAGCAAGCUGUGAGACAUGCAGAGAGGCCACCAGCUCAGAGAUCCGUGUUUCCAACAGGCGCAAGCGGGACUGAUGAUGCAAGUCAAGCUUCAUCAGAGACAGGGUCAGAGAGCUGGAGAAAGUGCAAGGGAUGUCUUUGGCGUCUUCACCGUGCAGAUAGCCUACACAAUCGCAAGCCUGGCGUGUGUAAGUACCCAAACGACGAGGCGAUGGACUUUGCAUGCCCAGGUUGCCGAGCCAGAAAGAAUCGCUCCUCAGAGGAUCACACUUUUGGACCCGACUGUCGCCAUGCGUACACAAAGCCUCGUGAGAAGGCAGUGCAACGUAGGCCCUUCGGCAGAAAGCCAGCUUCUUCAGAGCCAACAGCCGGUCUCAAGGCUGAUCAGUUAGGCCAACCAGCAGAGCAGGAAGCUGAGCGAAAGCAAGCCCCCAUAGCAUCCGGCAGUGGGGAUGUCGAUCCCAAUCCAGAGGAGGAUGAGGAUCUGUUGCCUGAAGGAGAUGUCUCGGAAGCAGAGCCAUCAGCAGGGCGUGGUCCUGAUAUAGCUCCUCGGACCCGCCGAUCCUUUCGGGAAGGUGCCGCACAGACGCCCAGCAAUGCCGACUGGUCGUCAUUUGACAUUCAAGCUACACUGCGAGGCCUCAGGCGCGGCACUGAGGCCGACCAUCGCCGCCUCCUGCGCAAAUUGCAUUUGCGCCUCUGGCACUGCAGCAGCCACCGCCUUCAGGCGUUGCUCAACUCCGUCGGUCUUCCAAAGACCGUUCGGGACCUUGUUCCUGAAAUCACCGACACCUGCAGAGUCUGCCGCCAUUGGGCGAGGCCUUCGCCCGAUGCAAAGCCCACCAGUAGGAUGGUUAUAGGGUUUAACAUAGAGAUAGAAGGGGACCUAAUGUUUAUCCGCCACAAGGGAACUCAGCACAUCCUUCUUGUCCUUGUAUGCCGCGGAGUCCGCUGGACCUGUGCCACAUGUAUCACUGACAAGCGCACAGGCACACUCCUCACCGCCAUCGACAAUCAUUGGGUAGCUGUGUUUGGGCCUCCCCAAAUUCUCUUGUUUGAUGGUGAGACGGGUCUGGACGACGAAGAAUCCACGACAUACUUUCAGCUUCGGGGAAUAACCAAGCGCACAGCGGCGCCACGCCAGCACACCCGGAUAGUGGAUCGCAAGAUCGCAGUGCUGCGCGACACGCUGCAUAAGCUUGGUUCCCAGUUGGAUGAGGAAGGUCUGGAUGUGCCUUUCAGCCGAAUGCUCAGUGAUGCAGUGUAUGCAUUGAACUCGCUAACCUCCAUCAAUGGCUGUAGCCCCUACACGGCAGUCCUGGGACGAAUGCCCGCAUUGCUUCCAGCAGACGACUGCCAUGCGAUUGCGGAAGGUACAGCCCGCGAAAGGCUCAAGCGGGCCAUGAAUUCUCAGACUCGGCCUUCCGGUGAGGAGCUUGAAUACCAGCUCGGUCAGCAGGUUGACUGGUACCGUGAGCCGGUGAGCAAAGACGCUUCCGGUUGGAGGGGCCCAGGAACUGUCGUAGACCUGUUGCAAGACCUGCGUCAUAGCCUCACCUUCUUGUCUGAGGACCUCUCUGGGUUCUUCUACCAGGAUGACCCUGUGGCCACGGCAGGAACAUCAUCCCAUCAUGCACAGCAGCUCGUGCAGGACCACGUUGAUUCUUUAAAGCCAGGCACUGUGCUCACCCUCGACCAAGUCUGCGCCAGUACAGGCUUAUGGGUUGAGACCCCUCAAACCGAUACUCACCGACAGCUGUUACAAGCCUGUGCUUACGUAGCCGAGACUGUCUUUAAGAUUCCGACAGUAGCAGCAGUGCGCCUUGCCAAGUCUGUCCGAGCGUUGACCCAACGGAGUGAGUUUGUAGGAUCGCUCUGUCUGUACUGGAACGCAUCAGGUUCCCGCCAAAUCAACUUCCUGCACAGCAGUGACACCAAAGUGUCAGUGGUGAGCUUAGUGGGCCAGCAGUGGACUGAAGUCCGGCUCAUCCAGCUACUCAUGGUCCCGGAUGAAUCGGACUGGAUUUCAAGUCAAAAGUGGGUCAUUCCCUCACCCGUGACAUCGGGUGAAGCCGGCCAGUUAGAGCCGCAGCCUGACGAUGCCAGUUCUUCAGCUCAGGACAGGUUGACCACCAUACCUGAGGAAUCCCUGAGUGGAUCCGAAACUGCGCUGUCAUCCUGGGAUGAACUCAAGUCAAUGUUUGGCAGCAGUGUGGAUGCAGAGGAUGCUACAUGUCUAGCCGAAGCUUUCACUGCCAUAAGCACCGAGGCCGCCCCUGAACGUCCGGCAUUGUCUUCCCUGCAAGAGGCAAAAGAUCAUGCGGCGAGCCUGCUGCCUGAUCAUGCUGAGAUCCCAAACUGGUCUCAAGCCGAGAGUGAGGAAGCCCUUUCGUUUCUCACUCAGGAGCAGUUGUUCCAGAGCCUGUCGCUGUGCAACAGGGAGCCUGAGGACUACACUGUUCUCGACGCGGACGAAACUGGAGCAUACGUUGCCCUUGAAGCCUCAGGAGAUGUUGCCAAGCUGAUUUCUGAUUUGGACCGGUUGCCUAACGCGGACGAGGUAGUCGAGAUCAGAUUUUAUGAGGCACAUACGCGCAAGGCUGUAAUAGACCGCAGCGAUGACCUCCUUACCAAGGAGGAGCUCAUUGAGCACGGGGACGCCGUUCUCCAAAGCAUACUCAAUGAACUCAAGACCUGGCAAGGAUUCAAUUGUUUCUGCCGGCGUUCGCGUGCAGCAGCACCCUGUGUCAUCGACACGAAAUGGGUACACAAGUGGAAGCUGGUCAAAGGGGUACGGUGCAUCCGCGCACGCCUCUGCCUCCGUGGCUUUAAAGAAACAGGCGCCGAUUACGAGUCAAACUACUCGGCCACUGCGAGUAGAUUCAGUCAGCAUCUUCUUGUGUCGGAAUGUGCACUCCGUGGGUGGUCGCUCGCAUCGUCAGACGUACCCAAAGCAUUCCUCCAGGGCGUAAGUUACGAAGAACUUGCGCAGAGCACCGGCCAGCCGUUGAGAGACGUGAGUUUCGAGCUCCGGGGGGAAGCUUUGGCGUGCUUGCGAUUACUUCCUGGUUUUGGAGAUUUCAAUGCUAAGCACGAGGUGCUCCAUUGCUUGAAACCAGGCACAGGGUGCAGGGAUGCCCCUAAGUGCUUCAGUCUGAAGUUGCGAAAGGCCACUUCGGCGUUCGGUCUGCAGCAGUCAAGCGUUGACUCUGAGUUGGAGCUCCUGUACCGCGCAGGCGUACUGGUAAUGAUCGUCUUAAAGCACGUAGACGACCUAAAAAUGGCCGCGAAGAAAGCGCUGAUCCAGGAGUUUGUGGAUCACUUGUCCAAGACUUUUGGCAAGAUGGAUAUUGAAUGGGGUACCUUCACCUUCUGCGGCGUACGUCACGAGCAGCACUCUGAUGGGAGUAUCUCUCUUGAUCAAGUGAAAUUUCUUGCAGCUUGCAAGCCGAUCGCUCAGCCUAAGGCAUUGGCCGGAGGUGCUGAGGCCCUCUUGCCAGAGGACGCUCGCCGGCACUUCCUGUCCUUGCUGAUGACGAUCGCGUACGCUCUGUUGACAAGGCCAGAUGUGGCAGUGUUCAUAUCUGCCCUUCAGCGAGAAUCCCACCGAGCGCAAGUCAUCCAUGUGCGUCGUUUGAACAAGGUGUUGGAGUGGCUACAGGCUAAUCCCAGGAAAAUCACCUACCCCGUCAUGAAAUAUCCCACAGCUCUGCUUCAGAUAUCAGACUCUUCCUACAAGGCUCGUGCAGAGGAUGGUCUCUCAGUUCGAGGCCUGGUCAGCGUAAGAGUGUCGCUUGAAGACGUUCAGGCGGGCAAGCAGCAGACACCUUGCCACUUACUGGACUUUGCGAGCAAGCAGCAGAGGCACGUUACAAGGUCUACCUUCUCAUCGGAGCUUUUCGCAGCCACUGAUGCGACGGACAUUGGACUACUCCAAGUUCUCGCUCUCCAUGAGCUACAGCAUGGGGUGUUGUCAGCUGAUGACGCCAAGAAAAUCAUGGAUGGGGACCUACAGUGCGGAACCGCAUUGGGGUUAGUCGUGGACGCGCGAUCAGUAACGGCGGCAAUCAUUGCAGUGCAUACGAAGGUCCCGGCUGAGCCAUCAUUGUUACUUCAUGUCCGAUGGGUACGCCAGUUGUUGGAGCGGAAGCGUCUUUCUGCGCUGUUCUGGUCGGACACAAGGAGCAUGGUUAGUGAUGCUCUCACAAAGGGCACAGUCAGUCGCGAGCUGAUAACAUCGGUGAUGGCAGGACUGUUGGUGAUGCCCCAGGCAUACGUUCAGCAGAUGCUAUCUUGA